GAGAAAACUAAGAGUUAAACUCAAGCUAAUCAAUGCAGGAAACAAAAAAGAUGCCCCUCCUAAAGAGCAGGCAACCAAAAAGAAGCAAGCAGAGCAACUCAAGUUCUCUUUUCCUAGAUUUGGAAAAUCUCCAGGCCCAACUCCGGAGUCCUCCAGCCCCCCUACACCUGAUCUGAUGUCAGAGCCUGAGGACUUGCUGGUCAGUUUCUUUAAUCAUUAGACAUACAUGCUGUAGUUUAAUUUUUUUCAAUGUGGUUAUAAAACCUUUUUCUCUCUAUAAUCCAAACAUAUUUUAUUUAUGAAAGAAAGCUUUAGCUGACCCACUUCUUAGCAGUGGGUGGUCUGGAUUCAGAAGGGGUAGAGGUUGCACUUAUGAAAUAUUCAUCUAGCGGCAAAUGUGUGAAAACAUGUGUGAAUAUCAACAACAGCUUCAUUUAGUUUUUUUUUACCAGGAAAAACCUUUCAACAGGGUGGGCAGGAAAAGUCUAUGGGAGGUGCUUGAAUUGUAUGGAGUGAUAUGAAAACUCCUCAACAAUAUCUGCGUGCUCCUGUCGGAGGUAAAAUCAGGAGUCAGACUGCUUUCUAUCACAUUUGCUGUUCACUAUUUACAUUGACAAAAUAACAAAGGAUGCCAACUUGAUUCACUCCAUCAAUAGCUGUAUGCUGAUGACCAGUGCAUCCUGAACGCCGACAAGGAGCAGCUGCAGAGCCAUGUUGAUAGUUUGGACAGCACCUGGAAGUUUUAUUGGGAUAAAUAUCACCACAGAUGAGACCCAUUUCAUGUCAGUAUGUUGAACACUGGAAAAACUGGACAUAAAAAUUAGAGGUCAGCUGUUCCGACAAUGCUAAGAAUCUGAAUAUCUAGGAAGCAUUUCACUGAAGACGGAAAAAUAGAAACAAGAGCGUAGAGGUCAAAUGCAGGCAGCUAACAAAUGCAGGCAGCUACCAAAUGCAGGCAGCUAACAAAUUCAGGCAGCUAACAAAUGCAGGCAGCUAACAAAUUCAGGCAGCUAACAAAUGCAGGCAGCUAACAAAUGCAGGCAGCUAACAAAUGCAGGCAGCUAACAAAUUCAGGCAGCUACAAAAUAGCUCCACUGCUAAGACAACCACAAAUAAAGAUGGAGAACAAUGCCAGACUAGUGCUGUCUUUAUUCCAACUGCUAUUUACCAUUGUCAGACCUGGGCUCUGAAAACAAACUCUGGAGAAAAAACUCUUUACCUCCAAGAUGAGAUGUUUAAGGCGAGCACCUGGUAAAAAGAGAAAGGAUAAAAUUUGGAAUAAGGAAAUAAGACUAAUGGCUGGUGCCGGUGAGCCAGUAUAUGGCCCAACAAUAAAUCAAUUGGUUAGGCCAACUGGUCAGAAUGCCUGUCAAUAAGCUUGCAUUGUAAGCUUACAAUAGCAGGCACUCGGGUUCCAGGGACACAGGAAGACCAUGCCAGAUACUGACCAUGUUAAGAACACCAUUUAAGUCCAAAAAAUGAAUCUCCAGCAGGCCUCAUACCUUCCGGCAGAUUGACAACUGUUACUCCCCACUUCAUCUCCCCAGCAAAAGUGGACAGUAGAAGUAGUAGAAUCUAAACAUUGAAGAACCACAGAAUUGCCAAUCAUUUCACGUUUGAAACACAUUUCUUUAGACAUAUUGCCAGCUUCACCACUGACAUAUUGCCAGCUUCAUCACUGACAUAUUGCCAGCUUCAUCACUGGCAUGUAUGGUAAUGCUAACUGGUUUUUAAAUCACAUCAUCACCAGGAAGAUUCAGCAACAGUUUUCUCAAAUCCUUGUGUGUCACAGUUCUUUCACUGAAGAAUAUUAUAUUUUUUGGGGUAAAUGUUCAAAUUAAAUUUCCACCAGACAAAGUUCUUUAUUUAUUGUUAAAAAUGUCCAACCUCAUUCUUGAUGACAGAGAUAUUCUGGCAGGUUACAGAAAGUCAGUUAUCAUUUCAUCAAAUAAACAUUUAAUUAUUUUGAUUCAACAGCACUGUUAUUUCUUUCUUUUUUAGGAAGAAGAUACACUGAAAUCUAAAAUGGAACUCACCUCUCAGAUGACCGAUCAUCACUUUGAGAAAGUAGAAGAUGAUGAGAUCUCACGUUUUCUGAAAUCCGAUAAGGGUAAAAAAAAAUGUGUGGAAUCAUCUGUCAAUGAAAUAAUGGUUUCAAUUUUUAUAUUUGUAAUCUUAUACUUGCCAAGUUAAACGCUAUUUGAAGGGUUUCUUGAUACAAAUCUCUAAGUCUUUGAUUAACCUUAAGUUUACUGAGCUUCAACUUGCAUUGCUCCACUUGAGAAUGUUCUUUUAUAUUCAGAACCAAAGCCGGAAGAAAAGGCAAAAUUUGUACCUGCUGCACCCAGAAAGAAGUUUGGUUUUAGUGACGUCACUGUGGAUGCCAAGCUUUUAAUGAAAGAUGUUGUCAAAUCUAACCCGAAAACACCACUGGCCUCCGGUCAGCGUGGGCGGGUCAUUGAGCUUAGCCAGCCAAAAAAAGUCGACCCAGAUUCUACAACUGUUGAGGUGAUUUAAAUACUCUUUUGAAGGUUUUUCAAAUAAAGUUUAAGUACAUCUGUUAUGACCUUAAUUCUGCAGGUUGAGGUUAGUUCUAAAUGCUUGAAGUGUAUAGUUAUUAACAGUGGCUUAGCUAGGGUUGUUGUCACCCGGUGUGGUAAACUCAUGGUGUCACCCCACCCCUCCCACGACUUCCAACUUCCGAGAUGGAUUUGUUAUUUUUAAAAUAAGUCCACAGUAUAACAAUGACAAGAACAAAAACAAAUUAAUUAAAGGUCAUGAGUUAAAUGUAUUUAAGAACUGUAUUUAAGAAUUUAUAGGAGCCAGACUGAUCAAUACAUUUUAUUGUAGACCCUCAAAAUAUAGAUGAAGAAGUAGCAAUGUUAAGUUGUAGUUAUUUUUACAUUAAAUUUACUUUAUUAAAAAUGUUCCUUUCCUGAUUUUCAAAGCUGCAAACCUAUCACUUUAUCAAAUUCAAUACCCUUCACCGUAUCACUUGCAAUUGAUAGUAUAGGCAGAUCAGAAAGCCUUGACUGUCCCAUAUUGGAUCGUAAGUAGUUCUUGAUAAGCAUUAGUAUUGAAAAGCUCUGCUAACAUGAAGCUGCAGACACAAAGAUCGUAUUAAACAAUUCAAGACUUUGUGAUAGUAUUGGAAGAGAUUCUAGGAAGUCCUAUUCAGCUAUAAAUUUCAAAACGCCAAAUACUGACCAGUCCUUGAAUUUGUGAAAUGCAAUAUCAGCUGCCUUUAGUGUCUUCUAAGUCUUGGUAUUUCUUUUAAAAGUUCAUCCUCUGAUAACUCAUCAUAGAAAGAGGUUUCUUUUGGAACGGACACCAAUAGCUCUUCUUCACUUGCUGAUAGUAGACUCUUGAAUAUAACAGCCCCAAACAUAUCUGCUAAUUCCUCGAUCACUAAUGAUUUGAUCUGGAGUUCAGAAUGAAAGCAAACAAUGCACUUCAACAUCUCCCUACUGUUUUCUUCUUGCAGACAGACUACAGCAUCUAUUAAUUGUUCUCCUUUCAUUCUCUUCUUAAACCUUAAAAUCGUUUGGACCGAGCAGUGUGUGCUCUGUAAAUAUUCUAAUUUUCAAUUUGGUGUCACCCCCUGAGAUAAUGACACCCGGUGCAGUCUGCACCCCCUGCACCCAUCAGGUAUGCCACUGCUUAUUAAGGACUAAAGCCUUUAAGGUGACCGUCUUUAAAGGAAAUAGUAGAUCAAUGUAAUCUUGCUUUUGGAAGAUCCAACUUCUAGCACUAACAAUGGUAACACUUAAGAUUUUUAAACAGUUUCUAUUUCUUGUCACAUUUUGAUUUGUCCUAUCUGCUUAGAAAUGUUCUUCUCUUUCUUUCCCAUCUUUUGAUUCAAGCUUCCACACACUUUGUUCUACUAUUUCCUUCACACGGCUUGAACUUCAUUUAUUGUCUUUAAAGAAUAACUAUCAAUGUUUUCUGAUGCAGAAAAAGACAAGAAAAGAGCGAGCGAUGAAGGUAAAGAAAACAGCUGAGCCAAGCAGCAGAAGGCACUCUAAGCAGAAGCAGCAGAAGGAGGACCAGAAUGAGCCUCCGCCCACACAGAUGCAGGCUCUGGAGGUUGUUCCAUAUGAAAUAUUAUUUAUUUAUAAAUCCUGUAAUAUCCAAUGUUAAAUGUCAUGGUUGCAAAAAUUUGUAAGAGCAGGACUCAUAAACACCUAACACUUGAAUCAUUGUAAUCAAAGAGUUGCAAGUCAGAGUCAAAAUUCCUAUGAGAAAAUCUUGUUCCUAACUUUUUGCAUUGGCUCUAGUAUCCAACUUAAUUAAUAAAACUAAAUGUACUUCAAAGUUUUGAAACACGCGGCCCGCAUAGAUGUACAAUCAACUGAAAUUAAACACAAAUUAUUAACGAAAAAUUUUAACAAGAAAAAGGCUUUUACAAAAGACAGCCCAUGCACUAUUGCUAAAUAAAUGUUAUGCAUGUAAAAAUGUUUCCUCCAUCUGUUUUCCGAUUCAGCUAAAAGAACUACAGCUGACAGUUUCUGGGGAGACCUCGUUAGCAAAUGUUGAGGAGCCCCAGAUUAAUGACACAGAAGAAGAUGAUUUAGUCACAGAAGAUAAGGAGUUUGAAGAAGCCAUUGAAGAUGGAGCAUUCAGUGGGAUGCCCAGUAUGAUGUCAGAUUAUACAGUAAAAAUGACAGUGCCCGAUUUACCCAGCAUUCCCUCUGAACCAAAUGUCAAGGACUCUCCAAAGCUAACAGCCGCAGAGUCCAAGGCGUUGUUAAUGAGUAAACUGGACAGACGGUCGGCCAUAGACUUUGUUGGGGUCAGCAAGGGAGAGCAUACAAAAGGGGGACAGAAGGGGAGCCCAGAAGAUGUGGCCAAAAGCCAUGAGAAAACCGGUGCCAGCAGACUGGAGCUUCCGGUGGAUUCUUUAACUUCUAGGUAUCAGGAGGGCGGUCAGGGCAGUGCUGCAGGACAUCAGCUUAGGGUCUCCAGUAAUGAACAGCAACGUAGCACAGAUUCGAUAGGAGAGUUGAAAAGUCCUAAAGUUCAUGUUACACCUUCAGUUCAAUUUGAGGGGACAAAACCUAAUGAAGGAAACAGAAGUGGCUCAUUUUCUAAAGAGGUAGGAUCAUUUGGGUUCCCAAUAAAUUCUUAAGAGUCAUUUAUUAAUAUAAAGAAAAAUGAUAUCUCUUUAUAAAAUUUAAUCAUGGGAAUAUCUUCUUAAAGAAUUUUUAAUCAUCUUCCACAUUUUGUUAGUGAUUAAGUUAUGAAACGUUACCUGACAAAAGCUAAUGAUUAUCUUAUUUCAUUUAGUUAUAAGUGGCUCUGGAUGACCCCAGAUGACUAUGUGGGUUCCAUGCUAAUUGUGUGUGUCAUUUUCAAAAUAGAAGGGCGCCAAUUGCUUUUCUGUGUGUGAAUUUCUAUGGUUUAUCAAUAAGUUUUCUUUAAAAUCUUUUUAGAGAUUGGCAUCCAGUUCUCUUGAUGACAGGAAAUCUUCAGUCCAAGGUAAAAUUUAUUGCUAGUUAAAUGAUUAUUGAGCAUAAAUCUUGGAUCCUUAAAAGCAUAUUUUUUUCUCAUAAAACAUGAGCAAUGAAAUAAUAAUAUUAUGGUAUUCACGUUGAAUCAGUAAGAGAUGUGGAUCGCCAUAAACAUUUUAUCAUCAGCAUUCAGAUCCAGUGGCUGUUGGGGCACGUGCCCUCUGGCCUGCGGCCAUGGUGAAGAAUUUACACACCCACCAUAGGUAGUUCAGGCAUAAGUCCAGAAAUGCCUGGCAGUGGAAGAGGUGAUUCAUCACGGUCUCAUUUGGAUGUCUGAAGAGGGGGGGGGGUUGGUGUCUUAUCUGAUUUUAUGUGGCUUAGGUGGGAAUUUAGUUGUAUAUGUUAUGUGCGAAGGUGAAGGAUUAUGACCUGAUGGAGGAAAUUUUGUUUAAUCUUUAGGGUUGGUACCGAGCAUGUGUGUAAUAGCACAUCUUCCUGUUGAGCCCAUCCAUUAAACUUCCCUUCUUUUCUGUUAGCUGUGAUGAGCUGCUUCCUAGUGUCAAGUAAUGGGCGGUUGUUCAUUGGAUGCUCCCUGUUUGCUAACUUCUCUGCUCUUUCAUGUCCUGGUAUACUGUGGUGUCAUGGUAUACUGUCUGGUACACUGUGGUGUCCUGGUGUGGUGUCCUGGUAUACUGUGGUGUCCUGGUAUACUGUGGUGUCCUGGCAUACUGUGGUAUACUAGAAAACAAUAAACAUUUAUUUUUAAAAUAGAAUAAGUUUUCUUUACAUUAUAUGAUCAUUGUGAAGCAAGUAUAAUAUAAUAUUUUCAUUUACUUUUCUGUAGAUGUUUUUAUUUCGAGAACAGCUCCUACUUCACACACUUGGGCAGUUCCAAGGAAAACUACUCAAAACAGUUUUGAGAGUCAAGGCACACCGUACAUACAAUCUAAUACUCCCUUGUUGUCUGAGUUCUCUUAUAACCACUUAAAUCCCAUGACACCAGAGACUUAUUUUGAGGAUGAGGAAGUACAAAUAAUACGUGAAUCUUCUCAUGAUGCAGCCUCCAUAGUUGACCAAUCAGAAAGUAACACCAUAUUCACUGCUGAGCAACUAACUAAUUCUAAAUUUAAAUGCUGUGUUGCUUACUUAAUCCAUGCUCUUUUUUUACGUCUCGGAAAAUAUGCUUUAAAAAAGUAAUAUUCUGCCAGCACAAUAUUUUGUACAUAGGUGAAAACUUUAGGGGUAUGACUGGUGUUUUAUACCUGCUAAGCCAGAGAUAAAAUUUCCAUAGUAAUAAAUAAAAGAAUAAAUGCAAUAACUUUCCCCAGAGAAAAAUAUAAAUUUCUGAUUCUGUAUGGACAACAUUAAACUUUUAAUGUAAUAAAGUAUCAAAUUUUCCUCCAAAUGAGUAAAAUUUGAAGUCAUGAAUCUUUUGCUUUCAUCCGUGUUCUUUAAAUAAAUAUGUAUACAAUCUACAGUACUCACAUAGCUCUACGGUCAUUACCAAGUAAUAUCAUAUUUGUACACUAUAUGUAUCAAUUUAGAUAACUAACUCUUUUUAAUCUAAAACACUUAUAUAUUAUCAUCUGUUAAUUAUAUCCAGUUCAAAUAUUUUACUCCUGGAGGUAUUGUUAAGGAUAAGUCCAUAAGGACACACAUUCUUAUUAAAGGGACAACAGAAUUAAAAAAUGAUCAUCAUUAAAAAAAUCCAACUAAUGUGUUCUUUUGCUAUUUUAAAGAAAAGGAAAAUAUUAACCAGCAUUUUCAUGAAAUUAACUAUGUGCACCAUUGUCUUGCUGCAACAUGUAAAAGUAAUUCUUAGUGUGUUUUAGAUACUGAUUACUUUAUGGCACUUUUUACUUCUAAAUCUUGCACAGAAUCUUCAGCAACUAUUAAAUACACUUAAAAAUAACAAAUUUAUUUGAUAUGUUAUAAAUCUUACUUAUUAUGCACUGUUUGAGCGAAAAGUGUGCUUAUUAAUUUCAUUUUUUAAAGCCGAGCAUUAAAUUCUUAUUCAAUAUAAUUAUAAUAUCAUUAUAGUUUGUGAAUAUUCAAAUUGAAAAAAAAAAUCAUUUUCAUAAAAAAAAUUGUAUUGGAAUGAGUCACAUUUUUGUUUGUGUGCUAUUUGUAAUUGGCAUCAUAUUUAAAAGUGUAAAAAAAAGGACUCAGCUCAACUAAUAUUUAGCUGACACACAAAUGUUUUGUUUGUUCAUUCAAGGAUUAAUUCAUCUUCUUAAAGAUAAAUCUAAAUUUUAUUGUUAUCAACUAAAGACAUUUAAGCAUUUACAGUUUAGGAAGCCUUCAGAUGCAGAGGAAUUAUUCAAUAAUUUGAAAGCAAGAGUUAUCUUUAUUUUUAUUUCCUUUUUUUUUUAAAAAAAAAAAAAAAAAAAAAAAAAAAAAAAAAGUAAAAAUUAAGCAUGACUCUCAAGAUGUAUCAUGUCACAUAAACUAUCAGAUUCAAAACUAUGGAUAUUUCAUUGAUUAAAUUUAAUCUUAAACAGCAAUGUCUAUUUAUCUAGGGCAUGGCAGUUUGUCUGACACGGUGUGGCCAGACCAGUUCUCUAUGUCAAUUACCAGACAACCGUCCCAACCAGAUGACCCUAGACAGGCUGAUAAACAGAACGUGGGGGCUAACGUUGUAAGCUAUUAAUAAAAAAUACAAACUUUACAAAAGUAGUUGGCCUAAUUCAGCUGAAAGAUUUUAAGGAAAAUUAUCAUGUUACCCAAUUAAUUUGCCAUCAAAUUUAAAUACAUGUUUUCAUCACUGCCAUUUUAAGCCAAAGCUUUCCAUUUUAGUGACUAACUGAUUAUAAAUUUUAUUUGUUUUCAUCAGCUGUAACUGAUGUGCUCCUAGCUAUUAGAAUCUCUUGUAACAUCAUUUCUCUUCAACUAUCAAUUAAUUUUAUCUUGCCCAUGAUGUGGAUAUUUUGUUUUUGAUUUUUUAGAACUACCAGUCAGCAGACUUGUUGAGUUUGUCUGAAGCCUCUCAAGCUGGAACUCAGUCUAAAGCUUUAGUAGAAGAAAACCUUUUAGGAAGAUCAGCAGUUCAGACUGGUGGGUCUCUAUGUUACUUGGCAUAAUGUUAGGUCUCUAUGUGAAUGUUACAUAGCAGCAUCAAAGGUCUCUGUGAAUGUUACAUAGCAGAAUGAAAGGUCUCUGUGAAUUUUACAUAACAUAAUUGGUAUGUGAAUGGUACAUGGCAGAAUGGUAAGUCUGUGUGUAUGUUACAUGGCAAAUUGAUAAGUCACUACAUGAAUGUUACAUGAAAUAAUGAUGUGACUGAAGUAUACUUUUUUUAAAGUUACAGACUUCUGAAUAUUGUUUUGGCUUAAUACAAGAAAUGCUUUUGCUUAUUUUAUAUUUGUCCCCAGGAUUGGCUACUAAAUCAGAAAGCCCACCAACAGCAAAAGUAAGAUUUCAUCCUGAGGUAAUCAAUAUCAUUUCAGUUAUUUUUAUUAUUUUUUUAUCUUUUAUUCAUGGCAAUAAAUUUCUGCCUUGGUGAAUCAUGCUGGAGUUGAACAAUGGUCAUUUUCUUUGUUAACCACAUUCAUUAUUUGUUUGUCAUUUAGUUGCCUAGGCUGAGUAAUUAGACUAUGAGACUUUGUUCUUUCCAGUACCAAUAUUUAAUUUCAAUUUUUUUAAAAAGAAUUGUAUGCAAUGUUCAAUGUAAAGUUUUUUGUUUAGAUAAUGUCUUGAAUUUUUGUGUGUUUAUUGCAAGUCAUUCCAAAUUCAUACAUUUAUGAAUUUAGAUGUCAUUUUUUUGUAUUCAGGAUUUACAAGCUGCUUUUGAAAACUCUAUAUUGAGUUACCAGAGCAUGGCCAGGUAAUGAAAACAUUUUUAAAGUAGACUAAAUGAAAAAAAGAUUAUUUAUUAAUAAUUACUUUUAGUUAAAUGUCUUCUUUGUUGUUCUAUGCUGUUCAAAGUAAUUAAUUUUAUCACUCUUUGACUAGGUCUGGCCUAAUCAGUGACAAGCUUUAUAAGAAUGAUGACCAGGCAUUUGCAGAAAACUGGCAUGAGAGACAAAUUGAGAGGUUUGAAUAUACACAAAAAUCAGACUAAUUUUUUAAAAAUAUGUGUAAAAAAAAAUAAAAAUAUAAAAAAUAAAAAUAAGAGAGUUCAAUAAAUAUUUAAGUUUACAAUAAUUGUUUUUUUUUAAACAAAUGCCAUUGUAGCCACAACUGUUCAAUUUCAGGCAUAUGUUGAUCAGAAUGCAAAAGAAACUCAGAACAUUGAAUGUCCAUAAGAAAAGACAACUCCUGGAGCACAUGAAACAAGAGAGACUAAAAGAGCAUGUACUAAAUGGUAAAUCUUUUUAGCUUAUUUACUGCAGAUAUCAUCAUUGUCCUAUGCACUCCUUCAUAAGAUGACUUGCUUUGGAAAUAUUUCAGGGGAAUAAGCAGGAUGGUCAGGUCAUGAGUGGGUUAUAUGAGAUUUUUAUAAGCUUCUCUAAGUACUUUGAUUUCAUACAAAACAAUGUACUGAAUUGGCACCGUGCAAAAUAGGGUCACACAUUACCUCCACAUUUUGCUACUGCUAUGCAUAGACCGCAUCAAAGUACCUAUAUUGAAUAAUAAAAAUAGUUCUUGUAGAUCACAGAGGUUCUAUUUUUUUAAAAUUAUCAGCAUGCAUGGUUACCAUAUAUACUGGUAGACACAUGAAGCAAGUAUCUGUGUUACACAUUAUAGUGUAUGUUUAUUAGUAUUUAAGUCUCUUUCCCUACGCAAUAAUUAUUUUUAAAAGUUUGGAUUAAAAAAAUAAAUAAAUAAUUUUAUUUAAUUUAUUGCUUCUACUGGCAUAUUGUUUUAUUGGUUUGUGUUCUGAGCGGGGUUACAAACUUUUCAGGCUUUUCCUGGCGAAAACUGAGGGAGUCGGAUUUAUAGUUCAUGUUUGUCCUUCUACCAUUUUAACUAGAUCACAUGACAGAUAAGACUAGGACCACCAUUGCUCCCAGCCUCUACCAAAGGGCCACCACCGUCCAUGGCACCAGGCCCACGAUCAGCAUACCAGUCCCAACACCCAUGUCAUCCCGACCUCACACGGCAGCGGGAAACUAUAACUCUGGCCGGGCACUGGUUCCUCAGCCACAACAGUUCCAGCAGCAGCAGCAGCAGCAAGGUUCUCCCCUGAGUCUGCACCAGCAGAUACAUCAGGCGUUGGAUCAGAGAGCAAGGCAGCAAGAAGUUGAACUCACUCAAAAGGAAAAAUCAGAACUGGGCCUGAAAAAAUCUUUUAGGUCCGUCUGGCAGUUACAGUUUAUCCCAUUAUGGCAAACUCUUACUGCAACAAAUGAAAAUAAACAUUUAGAAUUUUCUAAGCAUUGCCGAAAUAAAAAAUUUUUUUGUACACAUGGCAAAAGUCUUUAAAGUUUUCAAAAUCCUUUACAAACAUAUUUUAUUUAUGGAAAUUUCAAAUGAGAAUUUUUUUUUGGUCAUUCAAAAACAGGUUUACAAUGAGACCAACAAAAGAUGCAAGCAGUAAGUUUGGAGGGACCUCUGACCCAUCACCAGAGUUAGACCCUUGGCUCCUUGACCCCCGAAACCCCCAAGCUUUUAGACCAAAGUCCAGCAAGUCCAUUCCCAGCAAAUGCCAGUGAGUUGUAUUAUUAAUUAUUUCCUACAAAAACCUAUAAUAAAAGACGGAAAUUAUCAAAUGUAGAGUUUUUAGAGACUGUCGUAUUUUGAUGACAGCUGAGAUAAAUAGAAUACAAAGUACAAUGACAGCUCAUUGGAUCAGCGACUAAGCCACCAAAAAAAAAGUUUAAAAAAAAGGACUCGAAUAUUCCUCAGUCAAGAUGUGAAAGGGGUUUUCAAUGUUUUUAUUCUAUGCCGUUCUUUUUUAAAAUUGUUUUUCUAAAGGUACGGAAUCGUUUUGUCUCAUGGUAACCCACAUUCAGCGCUGCAAACUUUGACCUUUUCCUUGCAGUUAUGUAUCCUCAGAUUAGGACUCAGGGUACAGCCGCACAGCCUACAUAAGGAGCCAUAGUCGGGGUCAUGCUAAUGGAGUGGGGGGGGGGGGUUGUUAGUCUAAUUUGGCCUUAUUUAGCCCUAUCGACCUAAGAGUAGGAAGGGGGGGGUUUGGGAACAGCCUACAUAAGGAGCCAUAGUCGGGGUCAUGCUAAUGGAGUGGGGGGGGGGGGUUGUUAGUCUAAUUUGGCCCUAUAUAGCCCUAUCGACCUAAGAGUAGGAAGAGGGGGGUUUGGGGUGGAGGUCCGCUCUGUGGGCAGCUCCUUUAUUAUUAUUAAUGUGACAGUGAAAGAGUGUGUGUUGGUGGGGUGGAGUGGGGGGGGGGUUCAUUUUACAGUCCAAAGAAACUUAAUUAACAAUUUAUGCAGAGCAUUAUAUUUGGAUCAAAAACUAAAUUCAAAAUCAAAGUUAUUAUUAAGAUGUUAAGCUAUAAUGUUGGAGGGGGGGAAACAAAUUUUAAAAUUCCUAGGGGCCCCCUGGGGUUUUAAUCGGGCACUGAUCAUGACAUACCUAUUUAGAACUAAUGAUCUUAAUUUUUAUUUACAUUUUAGCAUUAUCAAGAUUCUCUUGAUUCAUAACAAUCUUUUCAGACUGCACAUGACAUGACUUAGAUUUAAAUAAAUAUAAUAAUUAUUAUUGCAAAAUUAUUUAUUUUUUCCCAUUUACUCACCUGCCCUAGAUCAUUAAUCAGCAUGUUUUAAAAGGGUCUCAGUAUUCUCAACACAAUUUUUCAAAUAAAUAUAUGUUGGUGACAAUCAUCUCAUGUUUUAAAAGGGUGUCAGUAUUCUCAAUGCAAUUUUUCAAAUAAUUAUAUGUUGGUGACAAUCAUCUCAUGUUUUAAAAGGGUGUCAGUAUUCUCAAUGCAUUUUUUCAAAUAAUUAUAUGUUGGUGACAAUCAUCUCAUUUCAUCCUUACCCAGUUCAACCUACUAAUGACGUUUAUUUUCCCCCUGCUGUUCCAGUCAGUAUGUACUAAUCACUAAACCCAAGACACCACUGAUAACUCCGCUGCCAACUCCGCUGGAGGAGCAACUUCUAGCAGCACGUUUCCCCGACCAGGGUGAGAAGGUGUACAAGCAGUAUGAGGGUCUGUUGUUUAGGCCUCCACGGAGACCCAUGUAUGGCAUUGGAUACAGUCCUUAUGAGCAUCAACUCUAUGGUUGAGAACCUCUGGAUAUCAUAAAGUUUGUUAGAGAUUCUGAUAUUAGUCAAAUGUGACAUUUUCAUGGGGAAAACUUGCCGUUAGUGUUUUUAUUUUGUAUUUAUUAGAAGGAGUAGAUCAAUGAUUCUCACAAUUGGGAAAAUGGUGACUCUUGAAAGAAGUUGUUAAAAUUUUAUGACACUCUUAGGAAUGUAUGUACUAUUUUGUAGCAACCAUGCUGUCCUAGGCUUAUAUAGGUCUACAAAUAACCUUUUUAUUUCUGAUUUCAAAACAUUAAAAUGAAAAGAAAUAAAUGUUAAAGUAAGGCUUCUUGAAAAUAGGUGAUAAUACAUACGAGGGACUGCGUUUAAGCAGUGAAGAGUAAAUAAAUAGUGGACCAAGAUAUGUUUAGGCUUAAAAAAGAAAGACAAGACUAUUGCAAGAUCGUUUCGGCUAAAUGUCUUCUUCAGUAGACAAGAAAAAAAAAAAGAAACAAAUAAAAAGAAAUUAAAAACUUAGGAGUUAAAAAAAAAUUUCUGGUAAACUAACAAAUCACUACCAACUCUUAGACCUAUAAACCAAACUGAUCUCAGUUUCUAUUUUAAAAAAAAUUAAACUUCAUGAAAUGAUUAAGUUGUAAAAUGUAUGUAAAUUAAUUGUAAUUUCAUAACAACACUGAGUCAGCAUAGCACUACACCAUAUUUUGCUUGCACACACUCAAGAUAUAAGCCUACUGGCUUACAGAUUAAUCUAUUGCUAACAUUGUUUUCUGACUUUUGUGUGCUACAUGUGGUGAUAUCCUAACCUAGCAUUGAUGUGUUAUGAUUAUAUGAAUUCAAAAAGUAUGUGAUGUUUAUCAGCAUUAUUUAUCCGUCCGCAAUAAUAGGAUUUCCAAGUUUAUUUUUUAUUGAACUGUACAGGGUAUAUAGGCUAUUUAUUAGAAAAGUUGUAAAUUUAAUCGUAUUAGUUCAUAUUUAUUAGUAAACUUUCAAAUAAAUUUUUAACGUUUAGAAAACAAUACAACAGGCUUUGCUGUGUUCUGGUAGCGGCCACUGUUACUGAGUUUUGAAGGGCUUGUGUUUGUGUCUCAUCAAGGAAUGUUAAACAUGAAGGAGAUAUAGUCCUAAUAUUGUAAAAUAAAUGUUUAAAAUCCAGCAAUUUUUUUAACCCUGGG